AUGGAUAAUCGUGCCACGGAACUUAUUCUCAGAGAACGAGAUGUUUUUCCAUCUCCUGGUUACGAGAACAUCGUAUUGCUCAACAACUCUUUCGUUUUGGAAAUGUUCUUCAGGAUAACGCAAAUUUAUCACUUCAAGAACUUCAUUUUCUACAUAUCCGAGAAACUGGAUUUAAACAACAAGGACUCGAAAGAAUUUUUCUAUGACUUCUGGACUUACUUUCCUUUAGCACCCAACUUGAUAAUAACUCGGGAGCACCCUGUUGCUAUACCAAUGAUGCAGUUCAUCAGCACUCCGUCGCUGGUGAUGGUCUUCACCACGGGCAAAGACGAUCCUAUUAUGGAGGUGGCUGCUCAAAGUCUGCAUGGGAUUCGCUGGCUCAAGACCAUAUUCAUUCUCUUUCCUAGUCUCCAAAGUCGGGACUUCGAGGUAAAUCCAGAGUCACUCGUCCACUUCUCGGCCGAGAUCAAGGAUAUCUACGACUGGGUGUGGAGUAAGCAGUUCAUAAACACUUUGCUUGUUACUAUUCAGAAUAAUGUGUUUGUACUGGAUCCGUAUCCCACACCAUCGGUUGUUAAUAGAACCGGCGUAUGGAAAGCUGAGGAUUUCUUCCAGAAAUAUGCAAAAAACAUGAAAGGAUAUGUAGUGAAGACUCCCAUUCUGUACGAUAUGCCGAGGGUAUUCAAGUCGGAUCGACCCACCAAUAGAUAUGAGAAGAACUUCAUCCACGGUACCAGUGGCAAUUUAUUCCUGGGAUUCCUUGAAUUCGUCAAUGCCACUCUAUUGGAUACCACAGCGAAUAUGACAGUUGACUAUUUGAACAUUACAAGUCUUCUAGAUUUGGUGUCCCUGGGAGUUUAUGAGACCCUGAUACACUCCCUAACCGAAAUAACCGCCAAGAACGUUGUCAGUUAUAGCUACCCUAUUGGUAUCAAUGACUGUUGCAUCAUGGUGCCCUAUCGGAAUCAAUCCCCUGCAGAUCAAUACAUGCGGGAGGCUCUCCAGGAAAAUGUGUGGAUACUGAUCAUCCUCUUUACACUCUACAUAGCUCUGGCCAUUUGGCUGUGUUCGCCGUUGAGACCUCGUGACCUCAGUGCUGCAUUCCUGCAAUCUAUCUGCACUCUAACCUACAGUGCUCCCACCUUUAUCCUCCGAACGCCAACGUUGCGUAUGCGUUAUUUGUACAUUUUACUGGCCAUCAUGGGAAUAGUCACGUCGAACUUGUACAUUUCCCGGAUGACCAGUUACUUUACCACAGCCCCACCACAGCGUCAGAUCAACACGGUCCAAGAUGUCGUCGAAGCCAAUCUGAGAAUCAAAAUGCUGGGCGUUGAGUAUGCAAGAAUGGCCAAAUCGCCGGCCCAAUACCCAACUAGCUUUUUGGGCCAGGUGGACUUGGUGGACAAGCACAUGCUGGACCUCCAUAGAGAUCCAUUUAAUACCUCUUAUGGCUAUACGGUGAGCAGCGAUCGCUGGCGUUUUCUGGACAUGCAGCAACUACAUCUUCGGAAGCCCAUCUUCCGUUUAACGGACAUCUGCGAGGGUCCAUUCUACCAUGUAUACCCCAUGCAUCGGGACACACAUCUGCGCUCUCCAAUGACCGAGUACAUUAUGAUCGCUCAGCAGGCCGGACUAAUGAAUCACUGGAAACGCGAGGCAUUCUGGGAGGCAGUGCACCUUCAUCUAAUCCAAGUGCAUCUUUUCGACGAGGAACCGAUGGCCCUUAGCCUGAAUUUCUUCGCCAGCAUCCUGCGCACCUGGACUCUUGGUCUUGUUUUGUCCGGACUGGCUUUUGCGGCAGAGAUGAAGUGGUACCAGCACGUGACCCUUAAGCGACGACCUGUUAUUCGAUUAACUCGAAAGCCAACGUCAUUUUUAAGGAGAUUCAUGAAGUUGUGA